AUGGUCCUGAUGAGGUGGCUCGUCCGCCGAUCAAAGAACCAGCAAUUGUCGGCUCUGCCACCAGAAAAAGUUAAACACUUCGUUCCUGCUUCGACCAGCCCCAGUACGGAGGCCUUGUUGCCGUCCGUCGGCCCGCCUAUCGCCCAAGGCCAUCCAGUCACCCUCUCGUCUUUAACGAGCUUGAUUUUCGACCGUGAGGCCGAGCGCCGAGAGGAUCUGCGUUUCUUGGACGUGGCAUUUCAUCAACAGAACGGCCCGUUCAUCCCGCAUCUAGGUGGCAAGUCGCCAAAAUGUCAUGGGGUACCCGUUAAUUUGAGCUAUCAAAGAAGCGACAGACGCUUUGCUAGGUCGAUGAGCAGAGUCUUCGACAGUGGACACACACCACGCCGACGAUGA